UCGCGAGGCACAUUCAUUUCCUCAUUGUAAAAGCGAUCGGUUCACAAUCUAAUUUUACUUCGGAGUAUUUUUUUAGUUGUCUGCAAUGGCCAACCCCACAGAUGCUGUCAAUCCACAGCCACAAAGUGGCAAGCACAACCACACCCAGGAGAGCGGUGAUGCUGGCCUGUCCUCCAACAUGGAGCACAACUUUGAUGAAAAUUAUAAAGGGACAGCCAUUCCUGUGGCAGAUACCGGAAGUUUUGUGAGACCUUUUCACAAACAAGUUGCUGAGAAGGAAGAAAUGAUGCCACUGUCUUUGAUUUUCCAACCACCAGAGCCUGCAUGUGCUAAGGAGGGCUUCAAACAUUUAGGUCAACAUCUACAUGCUGCCCAAAAUGAGUUACUGACAGAUGAAAGCAAAGAGGAAGCAGUCAUGGCUUCACCCAGAAAUGGAACCAUUUCAAACAAGGAAGGUGGAGGAGAACCCAAAAUGGAUGCCAGGAUGAACACAGACCCACCGAAAGGUCGACCAUCUAAGAAAAGAAGAAGGAGCAACUCCUCCAAGACAAUGGGACUUGCUGUGAUGGUGGUAGUCUCCCUGUGUGUUACUCCCUGUGUAGGAUCUGAGGCCGUGCAGUGUUUUACAUGCACGGACCAGGCGAGAUGCAAAAACCUGACUGUUAUUUAUGGGACAAGUGAUGACACUCAACUGUACAGAAGAUUACACAAUGAGACAUUUCCACGAUGCUCUGGAAUUCCUCCACUGCACAACAGUUCCUGCAUUGUUUGCCACGGCCACUCCAACAUCAUCAUCACUUGUCUCAGGGCGUACGAUAUUGAUGUGGAGGAUAAGAGAGGACACAUCUCAAACAUCUCAGUGGGCUGUGACCAAGAGGUGACUUCUAGGAGCCCACUUAGUGAAAUGAAUUCUCCUCCCAGUCCUGGUCAUGGACAUAUUGGAUUAUAUUGUAGCAUUGGAUUUCUGUUUAUGAUUAUAUGUGGAGCUGUUUACAGACACUGGAAGAUCAAAAGUAGGACUGAGAACCAACACCAACAGACAAAACCUGUGUGACCAGCACUGCAGUCAAUCUUUCUUUUCUUUUUUAUGGCUUUUAUAGUUUUUGAUGUGCUCUUUUGAACAAUAUGCUUAAAAAUAUGCAGCAUACAGCUAUAUAUUAUCAAUCUUCAGUUUUGCUGGCUAGCAAAUAAUGAUACACAAUUUGUGCAUUUUUUCCAAUUGUGCAUUUCAAUGUUUUAUUCAA